ACAAGUGUCACAGAGCUCUGCCUCAGUAAAGUACUACAGCGCAGAGAAGAAACCUCACACACUUACUCUGGAGCUGUGGUAGUCAUGGCUCUGGGCUGGUCUCUUCUGGUGUGUGUGUGGAAAGGGCUGGAUUUUCAGGCUCUGCUGAUAUUCGUUGUGGUCUUCCUGGUGCUUUGGGAUUAUGUGAAGAACCGCAGGCCCAAAGCUUUCCCCCCCGCACCCCCUGGCAUACCUUUCUUUGGCAACAUCUUCACUAUCAACUUCAAGAAAACUCACAUCAACAUGACACAGCUUGCUGUCCACUAUGGUGAUGUGUACAGUCUGCGGAUGGCCCAGUCGUGGAUAGUGAUUCUGAAUGGCUAUAAAACAGUGAAGGAGGCUCUCAUGGUUCAGGGAGACAGCAUGGCUGACAGGCCUGAUACUGUCGUCCACACUAGAGUGUGCAAUAAUCUUGGGUUGAUACGCUGUAAUGGUUACUCAUGGAAGCAGCAGAGACGCUUCACUCUCUCCACACUCAAGUACUUUGGAGUUGGGAAGAAGUCACUCGAAGCAGCCAUCUUGGAUGAGUUCACUUACCUGGCAAGAGACAUCGGUGACAGGAAUGGAAAGCCCUUCAAUCCUCAUUUGAUCACAAACUAUGGUGUGGCCAACAUCAUCUGCUCUCUGGUGUUCGGCCAUCGCUUCAAGUACUCGGACCAGAGGUUUAGAAAGAUGAUGCAGCUGUUUGAAGAAGCAAUGGAGAUCGAAGCUUCCAUCUGGGCUCAGCUGCAUAGCUCUUUUUCUGUGGUGAUGAAGCUGCUGCCAGGGCCCCACCAGGAGAUGCUGAAGAACUGGGAGGCAGUGAAGAACUUUGUGAGAACAGAGAUUGAGCAGCACAAAAAGGACAGAGACCCUAAUGAGCUCAGAGAUUACAUUGACUGCUACCUGACUGAGAUCGAGAAGAACAAAGCUGAUGUGGCAGCAGGGUUCCAUGAAGAAAAUCUGGUCAUGUGCGCUGUGGAUCUGUUUGUUGCUGGAUCUGAAACUACCUCCACCACCCUGCGCUGGGGCUUCCUCUACAUGGCCAAGUACCCAGAGGUGCAGGAAAAGGUUCAGGCUGAGAUCGACUGGGUGAUUGGUCAAUCACGGCAGCCCAGCACAGCGGACAGGGCUGAUUUGCCCUAUACUGAUGCAGUUAUUCAUGAGAUCCAGAGGGUUGGAAACAUUGCUCCACUCAGCCUCCCUAGAAAGGCCACCAAGGACAUCCAGAUAGGAGAGUACAUUAUUCCAAAGGGCACCGACAUUAUUCCCAAUCUAACCUCGGUCAUGUUUGAUAAGAGCGAGUGGGAGACGCCAGACACCUUCAAUCCACAACACUUUCUGGAUCAAGAAGGGAAGUUUGUGAAGAGGGCGGCUUUCAUUCCUUUCUCAAUGGGUAAAAGAGUGUGUCUCGGGGAGAAUCUGGCGAGGAUGGAACUCUUCCUCUUCUUCACCUCCUUCCUGCAGAGAUUUAGCUUCUUCAUGCCUGACGGGGUGAAGCCCAGUAUGGAUUACUCUCUGGGGGUCACCCUGACCCCUGCUCCGUAUGAGAUCUGUGCCAUCCCACGCCAUCCAGAGUCACUGAGAGAGGGAGUGCUUCCAUAGUUGGUGGUUUUCUAUUGUGUGGAACUUAAAGCAAGAGUUCAUUGUGCCAGUGAUGAUUCAGGCAUGCAGUCUGCACAAUGCUAACUGCACAAUGCUAACUAAUGAGUGUUUAUUACUUGUUAGCUACAUUAGCCUCAUAGCUCGAGUGCAAAACUACAGGAGCAAACUUUAUACACCAAACAUGUCUUGCUUGAUCGACUACUUUUAAGAGUAACAAGGAAAAUUUUUACCUAAAACUAAACGUUUUCCUAAAACUAAAUCUUAAACUUUCUUAAAUCUUCAUCUUAAACUAAAGCAGGAAACAACUGAAAGCUCCAAAAACGGUUCUCGUUCUCACGAACUAUUAAAAUAGCUAGUUCUUUGCUCAAGAUCAAUUUUCUUCUCUCCAACUUACGCAGAGGAAGAAAGAGCACUACAUAAUAACUAUGUAUACAGUGACUGUUCACUUCCAUCAAAACAGAAAGCGUCCUAAAAAGUUUAAGGAAAUAGUUCACUUUAAACCGUUUCAUGGGGUUAAAUAUACAUUUAAAUGCCACAUCAGCCAUUUCAGAAAAAAUGAAGAUGAGUUUCACCUGACUAAUCACAUGUGCUUUUGACACCUCACGAUUUUUGACACACAUGGAAAAUGAUAUAGCAAAAAAAAA